GCCGGGCUGGGCUCCGGUGUCGGUCCUGGCUGCUCGCGCCGAUGGGAGCUGUGGGCGGCGCGUGCGGCUCGGAGGGGUUCACGGGGUUGGGGCGGCCUGCGCUGCUGUGGUGUCCGUGACGGGGAUUAAAAGAGAAGCGUUCAGAAUUGGAGGAGAGGUGGUCAUGUCCCAGGAGGGCAGCCACGAGUGGGAGCUGAGCAAGGAGAAUGUGCAGCCCCUCAGGCAGGGGCGGGUGAUGUCCAGCUUGCAAGAGGCACUGGCUCAGCAGGACUCCUCCAGCCACACUGCUGUGCAGCUUAAAAAACAGGAGUUUGAAGCAGAAAUACGAUUUUACUCUGGAGAUGAUCCUCUGGACGUGUGGGAGCGGUACAUCAAGUGGACAGAGCAGGCCUUCCCUGGGGGUGGCAAGGAUGGCAACCUUGCAGCAGUUCUGGAAAGGGCAGUGAUAGCCCUCCACGGGCAGCAGCAAUACUACAAAGAUCCUCGCUAUCUUAAUCUCUGGCUCAAGUUUGGCGAUUGCUGCAACGAGCCCUUGGAUCUGUACAGUUACCUGCACAGCCAGGAGAUCGGCACCACGCUGGCCCUGCUCUACAUCACCUGGGCCGAGGCGCUUGAGGCCAGGGGCAGCUUCAGGAAAGCAGAUCUGAUAUUCCAGGAAGGGCUCCAGCGCAAGGCUGAGCCUUUGGACAAACUCCAGGCUCAUCACAAGCAGUUUCAGGCCCGUGUUUCUCGGCAGACACUACGGGCACUUGAGGAAAGUUCUGAUGGAGACAAUAUGGGAUUGCUGGAAAUUGCAGAGCCUCAGAGAAGUUCCCUGGCAGAUCUCAAAGGCAGAGGGAAGAAGAAAGUGAGAGCCCCCAUUAGUCGUGUAGGAGAUGCAGUAAAAGCCGUGAACCCAAACAGAAGCUGCCAGCCUCAGGCUUCUCUGCAGCUUCCAAAUACUCCAGGUUUUGCUGUGUUUGAUGAAAAUUCUGUGUCUGGACCUGAGAUUCCCACACUUACAGCACAGUCAUGGCCAGCACCUCCAGUUCCCAGGGCCAAGGAGAAUGAGCUCAGCGCAGGACCGUGGAACUCUGGCAGGCGUCCUCGCAGCACUGUCAGCUCGGCCAUGGAAGUGCCCCACCCACUGCCCAGUUUCACCCCCUAUGUGGACGAGGCAGCUCAGCCACAAAUGAUGACUCCCUGCAAAAUUGAGCCCAGCAUAAACCGUGUGUUAAGUACUCGCAAACCUGAGGAGCGGGAGGACCCACUGCAGCGAGUUCAGCAUCAGCAGCAGGAUGCUCAGGCAAAGAAAGAGAUGGUGAUGUACUGCAAAGAGAAAGUUUAUGCUGGAGUUGAUGAAUUCUCUUUUGAAGAGAUCCGAGCUGAAAUCUACAGGAAGAAAGCGAGGAAGAAAGACGAAGAUGAAAUACAAGCCAUAGAACGGAAGAAGGAAGAAAUACAAAGGAAAAUUGAGGAGCUGGAAAAGAAAUUAAAGAAGAAAGAUGACAAGCAGCAACAACCACAUGAACAGGCAGCAGAGGUAAUGGGAGCUUCCACACCUUUGGGAAUGCAAGGAUUUGCUUUUCCCAGCGCAACAGAGUAUGGGGAGAAACAGCCUCAGUCACAAAGUGAGUUCCAGAUCUGUGAAGAUACUCAACUACAUAAACCGUCUUGUUCUGAAGAUGGAGAUCUGGUUCUCCCACUGGCUGCUGCUCCAUUUUUCUCUAUAUUUGAUGAAUCCUCUACUUUAACAAAUCGGAAUAUAAGUUGUUCAGCAGAUCGUAGCCAGAAGAGUGUCCGUCGCCCUCUCACUGUUCUUAAGCCUGUGGAUUCUCUGAGUUCCAAGGAAAGUACAGCAGCAGCAGCCUGUGAUGAGCUGAAUGGAAUUGAACGUUUGACUGAGGAUGCAAUUGUGACAGGCUCCUACAAGAACAAGACCCUUUGUGCCAACCCAGAGGACACGUGUGACUUUAACAGGGCUGCCCACCUGGCCUCAACGCCCUUUCACGGGGUGGUAGCUCAGGGAGUCCUAGCUCCUGCUUUCUCUCAGAGUGAACUGAAGGGAGACACUCCAGAAUCCAAGAGUGCACCUCUGAAUCAGGAGACACUAGUGUGUGAAGGAGCAUACACUGAAGCUCUCAGUGUAAAAAAACUGAGCCCCAUCAUGGAAGCAAGCCUGGAAGAUACUCGCUCAUCAGGUUCUUCAGUCUCAGGAGGUUCUCUGUCCUCUGUUACACAAACGUCUGCUAUUAAAUACCUGCAGAUCAGUGAGAAACUGGAGCUUGCUCAGAGCUUGCCUGCUGAAGUGGUUGCUGAUUCUGGAGAAAACAUUACUGAGGAUGAUGCAGCUCAGUUCCUGUGGAGCCCUGAACAGCGUAAAAAGCUUUUAGGUUCUGUGCUAUCAUCACUGGUUGCUUCUCCAGAUUUUCACUUGGAGACUGGAGCUCUGCCUCACAUGGAGGUUGAGAAAGACGUUGAACUGGGAAAUGAGGCUUACUGCAUCAAAAUGGAAUAUUGGAACAAUGAAGAAUACAAGAUGUUUUUUACCAUUCCAACUGGAUGCAUUUUUCAGUGGGAUCAAAAGGGAUUUGCAAUAAAGGUGUAUUCUCAGCCUGUGCCUUGGGAUUUUUAUAUCAUCCUUGAGUUACAGAAGCGUUUGAAUUCUGACUUUGACCAGAGCUUCAGUGAGAAUUGCAGCUGUUACCUGUACCAGGAUGGCUGUGCUAUUGUGCACAAGGAUAUAAAUUGCUUCACGCUCAGGGAUGUUCUCUGUGACCGUAACUUCAUCACUAAGGAAAUCAUCUUCUUGGUUGUUCAUGAUCUUCUGCUGCUGGUAGAGAAGCUGCACAAAGCAGAGAUUGUCCAUGGAGAUCUGAGGCCAGAGGUGUUGUUUCUGGGAGACAGGAUCUGCGAUGCUUUUUCAAAUGAGGAGGUGCCAAAUGCUCUGAAGAUGGUGGAUUUCUCUCACAGUCUGGAUUUGAGGCUAAUGCCUCAAGUCAGCUUGCCCUACAACUUUCCCACAGCUCAGACCCCUCAUGGACAACAGCUUCUGGCAGAAAGUUCUCUUCCUUAUCAGGUAGACUUGGUUGGCAUUGCAGAUAUAGUCCAUCUGAUUUUGUUUGGGGAUCAUAUCCAGGUUUAUCAGGAGAAUUCCAUCUGGAAAAUCAGCCAAAACUUAUCAAAGAACUCUGACAGUGAUUUCUGGAGUAAAUUUUUUGAAAGAAUUCUGAAUGCAGAUGGUAAGUCCACAGUACCUCUGCUGAGGGAGUUGAGAGAGGAAAUAAGUGAAAUGUUUGACAGCUCUUUCAAAGAACGACUUUUGUUGACCUUAGCUGCUGUGGGAGAAACUUUCCUCCUGGUGAACUCCCAGUGACUUCAUAGAAGACAAACACAUUUGUAUUCUAGAGAAGAAUUUGUUGUUAUUUUCUUAUGUUUUCAAAUGUAAACAUAAAGAUUGGAGCCAUUUCUGCAAUACUUUACAUGAGAAUUGCUCAAGAAUGUUUCUGUUGCCUCUACGUGAACGUUUCUGUGUUGGAGGAGUUUGCGAGAGAAAAUUGUUUGUCUUAACUGCUGCCUCCCCUUCUUGUACAGCUCCUUAAAAAUUGAACACUCUUUAAAAUGCUUUUGUCUUGCAUUCAGUUGGUCUUUUAAUUAGUGUUUAAUCAAUAAAGUUGUGUUUGGUAGUGAGUGUCAUAUUUAA